AGCAAAGAAAGAGAGAAUGACUUGCUUCAUCUCAAAAGGGUGUAUUCUAGUCAUUCUUCUUCUAGCAAUUUGCUUCGUUAGUGAAGCUCAACAAUGUCGUCCGAGUGGAAGAAUCAGAGGAAGGAAACCCCCUCCUGGACAAUGUAACACAGAGGAUGACUCUGACUGCUGUAAAGCUGGAAAAAUGUACCCAACAUACACUUGCUCACCACCAACAUCCGGUAACACUCGGGCAUAUCUCACUCUUAACAGCUUUGAGGCAGGUGGUGACGGAGGAGGCCCAUCCGAAUGUGACGGCAAGUAUCACAAUGACAACACUCCGGUUGUUGCAUUAUCCACCGGAUGGUACAAUGGUGGAUCAAGGUGCCUUAACAACAUCAGAAUUAACGGUAAUGGGCGUAGCGUGGUGGCCAUGGUGGUGGAUGAGUGUGACUCUACUGAAGGAUGUGAUGCAGACCAUGAUUACCAGCCUCCUUGUCCAAACAACAUUGUUGAUGCCUCAAAGGCCGUCUGGAAAGCCUUAGGCGUAUCUGAGGACAACUGGGGUGGCUUGGAUAUCACCUGGUCUGAUGCUUAGUUACAGUACAGUUUGUCCGGAUUGUUGCUUGUUUUGUUUCUUCUCUACAGUUUCAUGUUUGCUUGUAUGGUCGUCUACUUGUGUCUAUGUAUGUGUAAUUUUAUGAUAAGCAUGUUACAAAAAGUUAAUACAGAAGACUUCUGUUUAUGUGAACAUACUAACUUAUCUAAAUAAUCUGAGGAUUUGUAAGCAUGCAAUGCUCGAUAAUCC